UGUUCAACUUCAACAAUUCAGUCAGCUGUCAGAUUGCGUAGAGCAAAGUACUAACGUGUAGAACCUGUGAACUAAGUUGCCUGAGACCCAACUGUAAUUAUGGCAGAAGUAAAGGUUGACACGGGUAAUCCGGAAUUAAAUCAGAAAGUCAAGGAGUGGUUUGCGUGGAAUAAGAAUGAGAAGAACCAGGAGGAGAUCAAAAGCCUUUUGGAUCGGAGGGAGCAUGGCACCCUGGAGAAGAUCAUGCUGAACAGGCUCCUGUUUGGCACAGCCGGCCUCAGAGGAUGCAUGGGCGCUGGCUAUGGGCGGAUGAACGACUUGGUUAUCAUCCAGACUUCACAGGGUUUGGGAAAAUAUUUAAAUGACGUGAAUCCUGAUGCCAAGGCGAAGGGCGUCGUCAUAGGGUAUGAUAGCAGACACAACAGUCACAGAUUCGCCAGACUGGCUGCAGCUGCAUUUUUGAAUGCAGGUAUCAGGGUUUACCUUAUGGGAAAGAUAGUCCCAACUCCCUUCGUGCCUUUCUCCGUCGUCCAGCUGGGAGCUGCAGCUGGUGUCAUGGUGACGGCAUCGCAUAAUCCCAAAGAAGAUAAUGGCUAUAAGGUGUACUGGGAGAAUGGAGCACAGAUUAUACCUCCUCAUGAUAGAGGCAUACAGACGAGCAUAGAAGAAAAUGUUGAACCAUGGGAAAAUGCCUGGGACAUAGAAAAAGCGUUAGCUGAUUCUCAUAUAAGUGACCCUCUUCCUGAAAUGUCAGAAAAGUACUUCUCGAAGCUCAGUGAUUCUAUGUUGCAGAAAGAGAAAAACAAAGACUCCCCUCUCAAGUUCACUGUCACAGCUAUGCAUGGAGUAUCUCACAAUUACAUGGUGCAAGCUUUUGAAGCUUGCAAUUUCAAACCUUUGAUACCAGUAAAGGAGCAGAUGGUGCCAGACCCAGAAUUUCCCACUGUUAGAUUCCCUAACCCUGAGGAAGGAAAGAGUGCCCUUGAUCUGUCUUUUAAAACUGCAGACGAAAAUAACUCCACCGUAAUCUUGGCUAAUGAUCCUGAUGCUGAUAGACUCGCUGUGGCUGAGAAACUGAAAAGUGGACAGUGGAAAGUUUUUACUGGUAAUGAAGAAGGUGCUCUUUUGGGAUGGUGGGCGUGGUUCCGUAGUCGACAGCUCACCCCAGAUAUCCCUCCAAGUGAUUGUUAUAUGCUAGCUUCUACAGUGUCUUCUAAAAUAUUGAGUGCAAUUGGAAAAAAGGAAGGGUUUAAUUUUGUUGAAACUUUAACUGGUUUCAAGUGGAUGGGAAAUUCUGCGCAUGAUCUUUUAAACAAAGAAAAGACAGUGCUGUUCGCAUUUGAAGAAGCUAUUGGCUUUAUGAAUGGCAGUGAGGUUUUAGAUAAAGAUGGUGUAUCUGCAGCCAUGCGUUUAGCAGAAAUGUCAACUUACCUGGCACUGGAACACAAUAUGACAUUGUAUGACAAAUUGCAAGACAUUUAUAAGAUGUAAGUAUGACGUUACUUUUGAUUA